AUGUUCGGCAUUCCGAAGUUCUUUGGCUGGAGAGGCCGGUCUCUCAAUCUGGCUAUCAGUUCCCUUGGUAGUCUUGAUUUCUUACUUUUUGGUUAUGAUCAAGGUGUCACGGGUGGCCUGCUAGACCUGCCCUCCUUCAUCAAAUACUUCCCCGAUAUCAAUCCCCUAGCACCAGAGAUCGCCGGCGACGAGUUCAAGUCCAUUCGAUCGCAGCGCAGUUUGAACCAAGGCAUUGCAGUCGCAUCAUAUAAUCUAGGAUGUUUCUUCGGCGCCGUCCUGACUAUCUUCAUCGGUAAUCCGCUUGGUCGACGAAGGACCAUCUUCUGUGGCUGUAUGAUUAUGGCUACUGGCGCCCUAUUGCAAUGCACCGCGUAUUCCCUACCCCAUUUUAUUGUCGGCCGAAUUGUCACCGGUGUAGGCAAUGGCAUGAACACAAGUACCGUACCGACAUGGCAGUCCGAAUCAGCAAAGGCACACGAUCGUGGUAAGAUGGUCAUGAUCGAGGGUAUGCUCAUCACCGGAGGUAUUACUCUUAGCUAUUGGAUUAACUACGGCAUGUCAUUUAUCGGAGAAAAAGAGGUCGCCUGGCGAUUCCCUCUAGCUUUCCAGAUUAUCUUCGCCAUCAUUAUCUUCUGCUCUAUUCUCAACCUACCCGAAUCCCCAAGAUGGCUUGUCAUGCAAGGCCGCUCCGAUGAGGCUUUGGAAAUUCUCGAAUGUCUAAAUGAGAAAUCUCGCGAUGACCCCUACAUCAAGAAUGAGCUGAUUGCCAUCGAAGAAACCGUCAAGGAAAUGAACAAGGGCACUUAUAAAAGCCUGUUCAAGAUGAGCGAGUAUCGAGAAUUCCAUCGCGUGGCACUUGCCUACGUCAACCAGAUGUUCCAGCAGAUUUCAGGAAUUAAUCUUAUCACCUACUAUGCUCCUUCACUAUAUGCCGAGAUUGGUCUUGGAAAUGGCAACCUACCAAAGUUGCUAGCUGCCUGCAACGGCACGGAGUAUCUGAUGGCUGCAUUUAUCCCAAUUUUCAUUAUUGAGAAAGUUGGACGUCGUCCACUGAUGUUGAUAGGCGCCGCCGGCAUGUCAAUUUCAAUGGCCGUCCUAGCCGGUACCAACUACCGCUUAACUGUACUAAAAGAUAGCCGCGCCGGUAUUGGACAGGCCGUAUUCCUUUUCGUAUUCAACACUUUCUUCGCCAUCGGCUGGCUCGGAAUGACCUGGUUGUACCCAGCCGAAAUCGUGCCCCUACGAAUCCGUGCUCCAACCAACGCUCUCGCCACCAGCGCUAACUGGAUCUUCAACUUUAUGGUCGUCAUGAUCACACCUGUUGCAUUCGAGAACAUCGGAUACAAGACCUAUGUCAUCUUCGCUGUUAUAAACGCAUUCAUGUUCCCAUGUGUAUACUUCUUCUUCCCUGAGACCCGCUACCGUUCUCUGGAAGAAAUGGACGCAAUUUUCAAGAAAUCUACCAACGUCUUCGAUGUCGUUACUAUCUCUGUCAAAGAACCUUACCGCUACGAUAAGCACGGCGAGCUCAAACCUGAGUAUCUUGAGGAGGCUAUGCGCCAUGCUAGUGCUGAUGUACACAUCGCCGGCGCGAAGUUUGAUAGCGAUGAGAGUGGUAUUGAGGUUAAGGCUUGA